AUGCCGCGCAUGCGCAGUGGCGCGGCCGGCCCGUGAUGGCGGGAGCGAUGGCGGCCGCGGCCGGCGGGGACUCGGACGGGGAGAGCGAGGAGCUGGUGCUGACCCCGGCCCAGCUGAUCCAGAGCCUGGAGCAGGCCUGGCUCAAUGAGAAAUUUGCUCCGGAGCUGCUGGAGAGUAAACCUGAAAUCAUCGAGUGCGUGGUGGAGCAGCUGGACCAUAUGGAAGCCAACCUGAAACGGGCCAAGAAAGGAGACCUGAAGGUCAGCGUGCAUCACAUGGAGAUCGAGCGGAUCCGUUUCGUGCUCAGCAGCUACUUGAGGUGUCGGCUGGUGAAGAUAGAGAAGUUUUUUCCCCACAUCUUGGAGAAGGAGAAGUCUCGAGCUGAAGGGGAGCCCUCCAUUUUAUCACCAGAGGAGUUUGCUUUUGCUACAGAGUACAUGGCAAACACAGAGGCUUACCUGAAAAACGUGGCCCUGAAGCACAUGCCACCUAACCUGCAGAAAGUGUCUCUCCUGAAGUCAGUCCCAAAGCCCAAUCUGGACUCCUUUGUGUUCCUGCGGGUGCUGGAGCGGCAGGAGAACAUCCUGGUGGAGCCAGAGACGGAUGAGCAGAGGGAAUAUGCCAUCGAUCUGGAGGAGGGCUCGCAGCACCUGAUCCGCUACAGAACCGUGGCCCCUCUGGUGGCCUCGGGGGCUGUGCAGCUCAUCUGAGGGGACAGGUAAGCACCUGCAGGGAGGAGCAGCUACAGCUCCAUCUCCCCUGCCCUCACCACCACAGUGGGGUCCCUGUGGGGCUGCCUGGGGGCUGGGUCCCCUCCCAGGGCCACGGCAGGCAGAGCACGGUGGCACUGGAGGUGGGUACACAGUGUUCAUGGUGGGUCUGAGGUUGAGGGAAGAGCUGAGGAUCUGACUCCA